CACCGGGCGGCGCUAUUGGGACCAAUGUCAUGGCCGAGGAUCCUUUCCUCUCCAAGAUUACCUCGAAUGCAAACAGCUCCAUGAUGGAUGUCGCUCCGGCUGCUACGUAGCAUCAGAGUGGGAGGGACUGCCCAUCUCCAAGCGUUUCUAUUGGUUUUACAGUCCACACGGUGGAGUGGGGGUGCCUCUAAUCAUAUCCAGCAUGUUUUGCACAAGAAAUGUCAGCCAGAAAAGGUUAUCUUCUCCCUCCGCUAAAAUACACCACAAUAAUGUCAUGUUCGGACAGCCCGUCAGGAAAUGCGUUUUUAGUGGAUUCUCUGAUCAGUGGCCGCACAGACAGUGGCGGAGGUCACUACGCGGGGAGCGCGGUGUGCGUACCUCACAGCACCGCAGAAGUGCCUUACGGACUACAUAACUAUGGAUACUUCCCAGGUAUGGGUAAGCGGACCGAGGUGGGUCCCCAAAACAUGGUCUCCGCCCCAGGCACAUACAUGUCCAGCAUGGAGAUGUGGAUGGACGCGCAAAGGUCAUGUCGAAUGGACCAAGAGCACCCGGUAGGUCCCCAGGUCGCGCCCUGCACGUUCCCUCAGAACAUUAAGGAAGAAAGCACCUACUGUCUGUAUGAGCAGCCGAAGUGCCCCAAAGCCUCCACCGCGGAAGAUCUUACAUAUUCGAGGUUAACUACAGCCGGCCUCGGGUCGAGUUCUUGUACAGUCACCGAUGGCGGCGGGGGCUCAGUGCCUGUGCCGGGCUACUUCCGCUUGUCUCAGACGCACGCACAUUCUCAUAAACUUUACAACACCAACAGCCCCCAGCCGAACCCUUCCCAUUCUCAUUUUGGCCUACACCCCACUGCUCCUGCUCGUUUCCACACACCACCAACCUCGACUCCAGCCACGGCGCAGGAAGGGAGGAACACCGAUGAGCCCGUGUCCUCGGGAAAACCAGACCAGCAGCCCCACGCUGCACCGGGAACCGAGGAGGCGCGAGAGUCCUCUGAUACAGAGGUCUCCUCAGCUGAGGAGGCGGACGAGCAGGACAAAGAGAGAUCAGCAAAGACCGCUAAAGGAGACACAAAAAGUGAAAGCACGGCCAACUGGCUGACGGCAAAAAGCGGCCGGAAGAAACGCUGUCCAUACACCAAGCACCAGACACUGGAGCUGGAGAAGGAAUUCCUCUUCAACAUGUACCUGACCCGAGAGCGCCGCCUAGAGAUCAGUAAAAGCGUCCACCUGACGGACAGACAGGUUAAAAUCUGGUUCCAGAACCGCAGGAUGAAACUUAAGAAAAUGACACGGGAAAACAGGAUCCGGGAGCUCACGUCCAACUACGGAUUUUCGUGAUAAAGGAGGUGAUCAUAUUGAAAUAGAGGAAAAUGAGUGAAAUCAAUUACACCCCAUCUCCAGCCCCCACGCCACCACACAAAGGUCCAUAUAGUGACUCAUUUCAUUGUUGUGGGGUACAACUUUCUUUUAUUUCCAGACACGCUUGAUGUUAAUGCAUCUCCCGCUGUGAGCUACUGAUAAAAAGGAAGAAUAUUCACCGUUAUUGGUUCUGUUUCAUUGCUUUCUGGUGUGUUUUUUGUAUUGUCGACCCGUUUCUGUCACCUCUGUCAAUAUGGUUGGAUAGUGUCGUCAAUGGAGUUAAAUCAAUGCAAUCUAAAUAACAGUCGUGUCCUGGAAGGUCCCCCUUUCCCCCCCCCACAUAUAAUCUCUUCCGAAAAUGAAUCAAAUAAGGACUGAUUUUAUUUUAAUUGGAAUUGCAUUGUAUACAGUUUUCGUACAUUUUCUAAAAUCAGUAUAACCCACUUUGGAAUGUGAUGCCCACGUCUGACCAAGAGAAGAAGAACUCACCUCUGACCAUUAGAUGAUUAGAUGUAGUCCACCUUGAUAUAGACCUAAUCUGUGUAUGAGCUAAAUGUAUAAACUGAAUCUUUAUUCACGCUGAGGACGUUUACAGGAAAACGGUGCGCAGAGUGAACAGGGAAUGUUUUUAUUGUAUAUUUAUGUAC